UACGCCAACUUGCCUGGAAUUGCGUCCAACGAGCCAGAUGUAUAUGAGACCAGCGACCUGCCAGAAGAUGACCAGGCACAGUUUGAGUCGGAGCUGGUAAGAUCCUCAGUGACUGACUGCUUUACCCCUCCCUCCCUCCCUUCCUCCUAAAUUCUACUUGUCAGUCUGUUGCAUGCAUCUCUGUACUGUGUGUGUCUUUACUGUCUGUAUUAGUGGUGAUUAAUCCCAUGACCCCCUUUGAUGAGAGCUGGUCAAGAACUACAGGAAACGUAUGAUCUCUGUAAUUCCAAACGAAGGUUUCUGUACCAAAUAUUAAGUUCUGCUUUUCUGAUGUAUCAAAUACUUAUGUCAUGCAAUAAAAUGCUAAUUAAUUACUUAAAAAUCAUACAAUGUGAUUUUCUGGAUUUUUGUUUUAGAUUCCGUCUCUCAUAGUUGAAGUGUACCUAUGAUAAAAAUUACAAACCUCUACAUGCUUUGUAAGUAGGAAAACCUGCAAAAUUGGCAGUGUUUCAAAUACUUGUUCUCCCCACUGUAUCUAAUGGUUCUGGUUGUACAGAUACAAAGGACUACAUUUACAUUUAAGUCAUUUAGCCGGCGCUCUUAUCCAGAGCGACUUACAAAUUGGUGCGUUCACCUUAUGACAUCCAGUUGAACAGCCACUUUACAAUAGUGCAUCUAAAUCUUUUAAGGGGGGGGGGGGGUCAGAAGGAUUACUUUAUCCUAUCCUAGGUAUUCCUUAAAGAGGUGGGGUUUCAGGUGUCUCCGGAAGGUGGUGAUUGACUCCGCUGUCCUGGCGUCGUGGGGAAGUUUGUUCCACCAUUGGGGUGCCAGAGCAGCGAACAGUUUUGACUGGGCUGAGCGGGAACUGUACUUCCUCAGUGGUAGGGAGGCGAGCAGGCCAGAGGUGGAUGAACGCAGUGCCCUUGUUUGGGUGUAGGGCCUGAUCAGAGCCUGAAGGUACUGAGGUGCCGUUCCCCUCACAGCUCCGUAGGCAAGCACCAUGGUCUUGUAGCGGAUGCGAGCUUCAACUGGAAGCCAGUGGAGAGAGCGGAGGAGCGGGGUGACGUGAGAGAACUUGGGAAGGUUGAACAACCAGUCGGGCUGCGGCGUUCUGGAUGAGUUGUAGGGGUUUAAUGGCACAUGCAGGGAGCCCAGCCAACAGCGAGUUGCAGUAAUCCAGACGGGAGAUGACAAGUGCCUGGAUUAGGACCUGCGCCGCUUCCUGUGUGAGGCAGGGUCGUACUCUGCGGAUGUUGUAGAGCAUGAACCUACAGGAACGGGCCACCGCCUUGAUGUUAGUCGAGAACGACAGGGUGUUGUCCAGGAUCACGCCAAGGUUCUUAGCGCUCUGGGAGGAGGACACAAUGGAGUUGUCAACCGUGAUGGCGAGAUCAUGGAACGGGCAGUCCUUCCCCGGGAGGAAGAGCAGCUCCGUCUUGCCGAGGUUCAGCUUGAGGUGGUGAUCCGUCAUCCACACUGAUAUGUCUGCCAGACAUGCAGAGAUGCGAUUCGCCACCUGGUUAUCAGAAGGGGGAAAGGAGAAGAUUAAUUGUGUGUCGUCUGCAUAGCAAUGAUAGGAGAGACCAUGUGAGGUUAUGACAGAGCCAAGUGACUUGGUGUAUAGCGAGAAUAGGAGAGGGCCUAGAACAGAGCCCUGGGGGACACCAGUGGUGAGAGCACGUGGUGAGGAGACAGAUUCUCGCCUCGCCACGCCACCUGGUAGGAGCGACCUGUCAGGUAGGACGCAAUCCAAGCGUGGGCCGCGCCGGAGAUGCCCAACUCGGAGAGGGUGGAGAGGAGGAUCUGAUGGUUCACAGUAUCAAAGGCAGCCGAUGGGUCUAGAACAGGGGUGUCAAACAUACGGCCCGCGGGCCGGAACCGGCCCCCAAGGAGGUUCGAUCAGGCCCGCAGGAUAAUUUGAAAGUGGAAAAAAUGCAUAAAAGACAUGGAAUUAAUAUUUUUAAUUUGCUGCAAUUCAUGGAUUAUCCGCUAAGGGGCGCACUCUUUCCAUCAGAGUAGAAGACAAGCCGCAUCACUGAGGCAGAUUGAAAACAGCAGACGGUAUCAAUGCGCCAUCUGCUGCUUGUUAUGACGUUGUUAAUACCUUGGUCUCUACCUCUCCGCUACACCCUCAUUAGCCAAAAUGUCGUUAUCCAAACGGAGAAAAGUAGAUAAGGAGUGUAGAAUUUUCAAAGAAAAAUGGACCACGUCCUAUUUAUUUACAGAGAUGCACGGAAAACCUUCGUGCUUGGUGUGUUUGCAACAAGUUUCGGUAUUGAAGGAAUAUAAUAUUCGACGCCACUACGAGACUCAUCACAGCGAAAAAUAUGACGGCUUGCAAGGACAACUGAGAAGAGAUAAGAUUAACGAAUUGCUGGCGGGUCUGAGGAAACAGCAGUCAACUUUCAUCCAGAGCCGAGAAGUCAGUGAAGCAGCGGUAAAAGCCAGCUACCUAAUUGCUAGCGAAAUAGCAUUAGCAUCGAAGCCGUAUUCCGACGGUGACUUUGUUAAACGAUGCAUGAUGAAGGCGGCUGAACUUGUAUGUCCCGAGAAGCGACAAGCUUUUGCCAAUAUUAGCCUGACGAGGAAUACUAUAGCAGAGAGGAUUUCGGAACUAUCGGCAGAUUUAGACAGUCAAUUGAAACAGAGAGUCAAGUCAUUUAUUGCAUUUUCCGUGGCAAUUGACGAGAGCACUGACAUCACAGACGUGGCCCAACUGGCCAUAUUUAUUAGAGGAGUUGAUGAGACAUUGACUGUUACUGAAGAGUUUCUUGAGUUGGUGCCAAUGAUGGACACCACAACAGCCGAGGACAUUUUCGGCUCUGUCGUUGCUGCAUUGGACAGAGUUGGAGUGGACUGGUCCCGCCCUGUCAGCCUGGCUACAGACGGCGCGCCAUCCAUGGUCGGAAAGAAAGCAGGUGUCGCGACAAAGUUCAAAGACAAAGUACAAGCCCUUAAUGGAGGAGAUCGUUUCUGGACAUUUCACUGUAUUUUGCACCAGGAGGCAUUGUGUUGCAAGUCGCUGAAAAUGGACCACGUCAUGGAGGUGGUUGUUCGCACUGUAAAUUUCAUCCGGUCCAGAGGUCUGAACCAUCGUCAGUUUGACAAACUUCUCAGCGACAGCAACAUUACCCACAGCCUGCCAUACCACACUGAAGUGAGAUGGUUAAGCCGAGGCGCUGUGCUGAGGCAUUUCUUUGAUCUACGAGAGGAAAUCGGACAGUUCAUGGAGAAAAAAGGAAAACCGGUGUUGGAAUUACAAUCUCAGGAAUGGCUACGGGACCUUGCAUUCUUGGUUGAUAUUACUGAACACUUGAACAAUCUGAACAAAAUGUUGCAAGGCCGCAAAAAAGUUGUCACACAGUUUUCUGACAACAUACAUGCAUUUAAGUUGAAGCUGACUUUGUGGGAGAUGCAACUGGCAAAUGGCAACCCUGCUCAUUUCCCCUGUCUGAGAGAUGUGUGUGUGACCAGACCUGAUGCGGACAUGAAACGGUACAAAGACAAAAUUGCAGGACUACUGCGGGAGUUUGAGAAACGUUUUCAGGUAUUUGGUGAACUUGAGACAGAAUUUUCAGUUUUUCGCUCACCUUUCACAGUUAAAGCUUCUGAUCUGCCGGUCGAAAUUCAGCUAGAGAUAAUUGAUUUGCAGUGUGAUGCAGAUUUGAAGGGCAAAUUUGCCUCUGUAGGUCUGGACAGAUUUUAUCAGUAUCUACUACCAGGGUACCCCAAAUUAACAGCCCUGGCUGCUAAAAUUUUGUGCAUGUUUGGGACAACCUACCUUUGUGAACAAAUUUUCUCAGUGAUGAAUAUCAAUAAAACAAAAAUGCGUUCAAGGCUCACAAACAAGCACUUAAAUGACAUUCUGAAAGUGACAGCUAGUCAAGGACAUGACACCUGGUGUUGAUGCACUUGUACAGGCCAAAAGAUGCCAAGUUUCAGGAACAAAUACAAGUCCAGACUAGACUAACACCUUUAAAAUGCUGCCUUAGAUACUGUUUGCACUGAAAGAAUACAGCUCUGUGAAGAUGAAUCCUUACUGUGGUGAUUUAAGAAAUGUGCACUUUAAUGUUAGUCAGCAGCUUCAAAACAAAAGUUGUGUGAUGGAAUUCUACUGUUCAUACAACUCCAUAAAUUUUCAGUAUGUAUUGUAUGUGUAUGUAUGUUUCAUGUAUGAAGUUUACAGAUUUACAGGACAGGCGAACACUUUCUUCAUUACACAUUUAAAAUCACUCUCCUUAGUUUGUAAGGUGUACGCAGGGAUUACAUUUAGAUUUUAUAUGCGUAUGUGUAAGUGGUUUAAAAAUUCCUUUCUUUAAAAGUCUCAUUUAAUCUUAAAGUGCAUUACUAUAUUUUUCAGUACCAAUUAAAGUUUUGUGCCUUUGUACAAUCAGUGGGAUCAGUUGCAAUGCAUAUUUGUGAAUGAUAAAAGUAAAUUGCACAUUUGUCUAAGGAAAUAUGAGGUGUUUCAUGAAAUGUUUUGUAAAAGGAUAGUUCAUUAAAUUUCAAUAUUUUCCUAAUGUUCUUGUGCUUUUUUACACCAAAACAAAGGAAAGACAUGAUAUUUUGGUUAUUUAUAGCAGAGUAUGGUAUAAUUUUAAUGGUCCGGCCCACUUGACAUCUCCCUAGGCCGUAUGUGGCCCACGAUGCGAAAUGAGUUUGACACCCCUGGUCUAGAAGGAUGAGAGCAGAGGAGAGAGAGUUAGCUUUAGCAGUGCGGAGCGCCUCCGUGACACAGAGAAGAGCAGUCUCAGUUGAAUGACUAGUCUUGAAACCUGACUGAUUUGGAUCAAGAAGGUCAUUCUGAGAGAGAUAGCGGGAGAGCUGGCCAAGGACGGCACGUUCAAGAGUUUUGGAGAGACUAGUUCCCAGAUCAUAUUUAAAGAGCCAGUGUGAUAGAUGGCCCAUGGUUAGAACACCAACAGCAGAAAUCCCCAUCAAUCUAUCAAUCAAAUGGGAAUCAAGCCUUAAGAAUAAUUUUGCCCUAGAUCCACUCGCAGACCUCUCUAUUCCCAAACCAUGUGUACAUUUGCGACUUUGCCAAGAUUGGCUGGUAAGAUCUCUGAGUGGAUUGGAGACGAGAAAGUGAAGAAUAUGGCUGCAUCUCAAUAGUAUAAAGAGAGCUGAGAUGCAGCCUGUGUCUGUUGUGUAUUCCUGUGGUAUAUCUGACCAUGCAUUCUCUCUGGGUGCCUCCCUCCA